AUGAACUCAUCGUUCUUUACCGUCAAGCCCCAUAAGGACCGCCCUGCAGCUGCAAAAUCGCAUACAGAAUCCUCGGCCAAGAAGAAGCAGCCGGAACCUCUCGAAACGCCCGCAUUCGAGCCGGAAGUAUUCCUGUCCGAUCUUGAUGCCAAAACAUUGCUCGUCGGAGACAUUGCCGAAAAUGGAUCUUGGUGGACUGGUAAUAGUAGAUCAGAAAAUCUAGAGAGAACGCCUUCACAGCCUCGAACACAGUCACCUGAGCGUUGGAAAGGUAUUGUCACAGCUCGGACGCCUCGGAUCAACUGGUUUGAAUUGGCCGAGUGGUAUCAUCUCAUCACGACGGCUGGGGAUUUAUGGCGAAAGAAGUGGACCGACCUGCGGAAAAGCUUAGACGAGGAUAUGCAGACGAUCUGGGACAGUGUUCCUCUGGACACGAUCGAGCGCGAGAUCAUGGAGUCGCAAACACAUCUGCACAGAAGUCUGCUCAAGUCGACAGAGAAUCUACUCAAGAGACCACGGCGACCGCUUAAGCAUCCAGAGGAUUGCAGAUUUUUGCUCAUGAUACUGUUCAACCCAUUGAUCUACCCUCCGGACAUGCAGAUUCACAGAUCGACCGGGCCAGAGGCUGGAUCGCAUGAGUCGGGAUCUGUUACAUCUUCGCAAGUUCAAAGCAUGUCCAGGAGAAGAGGGACUGGCACCGUGCGGAACGAGCGAAAUCUUGGUCACCACUCUGGCAUCAUUAAGCGUGUGCUUGGGCUUCUGGCUAAUGUUUCUGGCGACAUUCAUCAACUUUUGAUAUCUUGGGUCUCACGAUUUUCUGCCCAUCAUUUCCAACGCACGGUCGAGCUCGUCGGCAGCUUUGUGACCUACCGUCUUUCACGGCAGUCGAGGCGCCAAGCCCCAGAGCCUAACGAUCCCACAGCAGGCUUGGUACCCAGCUUCUCUAACAGAGAUAACAGUCAUCCCUCCCAGCUUCAUGCGCAGCUGGACGCCCGUGCCUCGACUACGUCAACGAAGGCGUCCGAUGGUAGGCCACAGCUGUCAGUAUACGGUGAAGACUGGCAGGUUCGUGCGGCUUCACGAGUAAUGGCGCUUUUGUUUCAGGCGAAUCUAGGUUACACGCCGCGAAAAAGGGACAGUUCCACGAGAAACGAGCAAGUACUGCAAACCGCUCACGCUCAUGGACAGAUUCUACCCGUCAGCGUCUUCUACAAUUCUGUACUCGACUUCGCUGAUCUUGUUGCUGAUUUCGAGGCCUGGGAAUCGACCAAGAGCAAAUUCACGUUUUGUCAAUACCCAUUCUUCCUCAGCAUUUAUGCCAAAAUUCAUAUUCUGGAGCAUGAUGCGCGCAGACAGAUGGAAGUCAAAGCUCGAGAAGCAUUCUUCGACACCAUACUCAGCUCGCGAGCCAUUAGUCAAUGGCUCGUGUUGAAGGUGCGCCGUGAGUGCCUUGUUGAGGACAGUCUACGAGGAGUCAGCGAAGUUGUUGGAUCAGGAGGCAGCGAUAUUAAGAAGGGUCUGAAGAUCGACUUCGUCGGCGAGGAAGGUAUCGACGCAGGUGGCCUGCGGAAAGAAUGGUUUCUGCUGCUCGUGCGCGAGAUCUUCGACCCCAAUCACGGGCUGUUUGUUUGGGAUGAGGAUUCGCAGCACUGCUACUUCAACCCGCACUGUUUCGAAUCAUCCGAGCAGUUCUUCCUGGUCGGCGUUCUGUUCGGUCUGGCCAUAUACAACUCGACCAUCCUUGACGUGGCGUUCCCCCCGUUCGUUUUCAAGAAGUUGCUGGCAUCUGCGCCAUCGACUGGCGACAAACUUACAUCUACCCCAAAGGUGUCGCAUGGCUACACCCUGGAAGACCUUGCGCAGUUCCGACCAGCCUUAGCGCAAGGUCUGCGACAGCUCCUGGAUUUUGAAGGCAACGUCGAGGAGACCUUCUGCCGCGAUUUUGUGGUCGAAACCGAUCGAUAUGGCGUCAAGGCUGAGAUGCCCCUCUGCACUGGCGGCGAGAAACGGGCAGUCACCAAUUCGAACCGAAGAGAAUUCGUCGACCUCUACAUCCACUACCUCCUCGACACCGCUGUCGCGCGCCAGUACGAGCCCUUCAAACGAGGCUUCUUUACCGUUUGCGGUGGCAAUGCGCUCUCCCUCUUCCGGCCUGAAGAAAUCGAACUCCUCGUCCGCGGAUCGGACGAGCCUCUCGACAUCGCCAGCCUCCGAGCGGUGGCGAUCUACGAGAACUGGCCCACUGGUCGACAGCAUCCACCUCCAGAACACCAGCCUCAAGUGAUGUGGUUCUGGGAAUUCUUCGCGCGUGUGACGCCGGCUGAUCAGCGCAAGAUAUUAAGCUUCAUUACGGGCAGUGACCGGAUACCGGCGUUAGGGACGACGCAUUUGGUGAUUAAAGUGCAGAGGCUGCUCGAAGAGGUGCCGCAGCAUCUUCCUGAUAGUAAGCUGGUGUUGGGGGAAAGGUUCCCAACGGCGAGGACGUGCUUCAACAGUAUUGGGCUGUAUCAGUAUCGGACGAGGCAGAAGCUGGAGGAAAAGCUUUGGAUGGCUGUCGUUGGGAGUGAAGGGUUUGGGCUGAAAUGA